ACACUGCUGCUGCUGCUGCUGUUGACGGACUGCGAGUGGAUUGUGUCUGAAUAAUAAUAUUCCUGACCUACAUCUCUCACACAGGCCCGCACAUUUGCGCAAACAUUUUGGUCGACACGGCGAGCGCGCGCAACGAAACGGCAGGCAGGAUGAGCGAAGUCCAGGGCUGCAUGAAAUGUGUCAAAUACCUGCUGUUCGUCUUCAACUUCAUAUUCUGGCUUUCGGGCUCUCUGGUGUUGGCUGUGGGAUUAUGGUUGAGGUUUGACCCAGACACCACCAGCCUCUUAUCCGAAAAUGACGCACCUGAAAACUUCUUCAUUGCGGUGUAUAUCCUAAUCGGAGCAGGUGGGAUCAUGAUGAUAGUGGGCUUUUUCGGCUGUUUCGGGGCCGUGAGGGAGUCACAGUGUCUUCUGGGAUCGUUCUUCGCUUGUCUCUUGUUGAUCUUUGGCGCAGAAGUCGCUGCUGGAGUCUUUGGCUUUCUCAAUAAAGAUCAGAUCAUUAAAGAGGUCCAAAACUACUAUGAGUCAGCUACAAAGAUGGAGAACGGAACUGUUAUCACCUCUGCGUUUCACUCUGUGCUGGAUUGCUGCGGGACCGAAUCUUCUCCGAUUGAGACGUGCACUGAAGGCAAUAAAGAUUGUGUUCAGGCUAUAGAAGAUUUCUUCAAUGAAAAGCUCUUCAUAAUUGGAUAUGUUGGCAUUGGCAUCGCUGGAGUUAUGGUGAUCGGCAUGAUCUUCAGCAUGGUCUUAUGCUGCGCUAUCAGAAACAGCAGAGAGGUCAUUUAGGACCGUCUGGUUUUCCCGCUCGCCCACUUGGACUGUUUCAGAGCCCAUCCGGAUCUCCCAUAAGGCCGUGCGGCGUUCAGCAUUCUGUCUCCGAUCCUUUCUGUCUUUCUGUUCUUGCAUUGAAGAUCAGCUCCACUGCAUGGACGCCUGCUGUAACCACAUUAACCAGUACUUUAAUUUCCUCUUCCAUUAUUUAUUACUGAAGCAGCACACGGGGAACAUUCCACACAGCGCAGUACUGUUCUUUAAUUUAAACCUGAUCUCUCUUAAAGGGACACUUCACCCAAAAUAACUCAAAAUGGCUUCCAAUAUGUAGAUCACUUUUUUUAGUUUAAACAAAUCAAGGAUAUAGGCCUGGAGUGCCCAAACCCGGUCCUGGAUUGCCGGUGUGCUGCAAAGUUUAGUUUCAAUUCCAAUCAGACACGCAUGAACUAGCUAAUCAAGCUCUAUCUAGAGCACAGGUGUCAAACUCAGUUCCAAAGGGCCGCAGCUCUGCAGUUUAGUUCCAACACUAAUUAAUCACACCUGAUCAAACUAAUUGAGUCCUUCAGGCUUGUAUGAAACCUACAGGUAAGUGUGUUGGAGCAGGGUUGGAACUAAACUGUGCAGGGCUGCGGCCCUCCAAGAAUUGAGUUUGACACCCCUGAUCUAGACUUUCUAGAAACAUCCUUAUCGGUGUGUUGAGACAAGUUGGAGUUAAAAUCUACUGGACACCGGCCCUCCAGGACCGAGUUUGGACACCCCCUGAUAAAGGCCAAACAAUAUGAACACUUUCUUGACUGAUUGUUUUUAUUUUUAGCAUUAAAGUGCCAUUUUAUGAAGACGGUUUACCCUAAAAUCUUUUCUGUUCUACUAAAGAUAAACCUCCAUCUUGGCUAGUCUGUGGAUAAUGAAGUAAACUGCAUUUUGAGGGAGGGUUUGCUCAAUUUAGGGUUGAAAUAUGCCUUUAAUAUAGAGAUUUUGUGUGUGUGUGUGUGUCCUGAGUCUUGAAUUAGUUUCAGACUUUUAUUGUUUGGACUUUUACUCACUGAUGUAAAUACGCUUUUCACUGAUCGCCCGCUUCUCCUCUUCUUUUAAUUAUUUAUUGAGUGAACUAGACCGUUUUCUGCGCUAAUAGGUGAUGAUGGGUCAUAUGUUGAUUGUGUUUCGCUGGUUAUUAAUAAUUGGUUCUUGUAAUUUUGCCUCAUCAUAUAUAGAUACUGAAUGAAGCCAAGGAUUGAGCAUGAGAAAGAUGCCUCAAGUCCACAUGAACUCAGAGUAAAACACUUGAUUUUGUAAGUUUUGUGAAUGUUUUUAAUCAAAACGAUGUUAUUUAUGAUGUUGCAGAUAUCUAAUCGGUGAUUGGUUAAUAUUAUUAAAGAAAAAUAUGGCCUACAAGACGUAUAAAUAGCCAUUUAAGACAUUGCAAAAAGUAAUGAUACAUGUAGUAGGACUGCAUGAUAUUAAAAUAAUCAAACAGUGCGAUAUUUUUGUUAUUCUGCGUUUUAUAUUGUGAUAUGAAUACAAUUUCACUACAUGAGCUGAAUAAACAUUUGAAAACAAUUUCAAAUUUAGAUUGAUUGGGAUGAUUCUGUAUAUGAGUGCAUAAAUUAUAAUAAACAAUCUACAAGUUCAAUAAAGAAAAAGAAACUAAUUAAAUAAACAGGGUUUUUAUUGUUUUCUGAGGAGUGGAAAUGUAUUCAGGUGUACAGUAACUGAAUAAUCAGAUGUAAAAUAAUACUGCAUAGUCUUGAUUUCAAUUGGAUCUUUUUUCUGAUUGUAUUUAUAGACUUAAUGCAUGAAAAUACUCACAACACAUGCAAAUACAGAAAUGCACUGCAAAUAGCAACGUGUCGGGAGACCCUUAAAAAAAAGGUAGAGAUUGUCUGUUAGAUUUGAUGGAGAUGCACUCCCACUGCAGAAUCAUCACAAUUGAACAUUAUAAAUUCUUUCCUAAUAGAGAUUCAGUCUGGUCAAGUUGUAUUUAUAUCGCAAAAUCAAAAAAUAUCACAAUGUCAGAUUUUACCAAUAUCAUGCAGCCCUAACCGUAACAAUUGCAGCGCUGAAAAUAAAAAGCUGCUUAUAGAAAACUGAAUAUUCAGACUUCAAAAUAUGUUGGUCCAUCAAAAAAAAAAGAAAAGUUGAUUCAUUUUGACUCAAGCAUCGCCCUUGUAAUCUUUUUGUUUGGUGUGCAAAUCGGGGACCUUGUUUAUAAAAUAUUGUGCAUAAACUGCAGUUCAUGUGUGAAGCUUUGACUCAAGAGCGGCCAGACGAGGCUCCUGGGUAAUGCGUGUUAUUUUCCACAAGUGGCUGAUUUUGCAUCUGUAAAGUUGAAGCAGCAGUUUUAUUACUGGGAGAUCAAACAUAUCUUACACUGCUUUUCCCUUUUUAUAUUUUGCUUCUGUGAGUUUUGAGCAAUGUUUGACCCACUAGUAGUCAUGUGCCUUUAUAACUGACAAAAGCCCCGUUAUAAACAUGUUUGCAGUUUUGGGUUCAUGCUUAUUUUUAUAGCACCGCGUUGCAUGUAAAUAGCUUUGAAAUGAGGAAAUAUGGUCAAACAAUAAAACAGCUCACACAAA